ACAGACUCUUUGUGCGUUUCUCUCUCUCCCUGUCCCGGUAGAGUGCUGACAGAGCUGGUAUCGAAGAUGCGGGACAUGCAGAUGGAUAAGACAGAGCUGGGGUGCCUGCGAGCCAUCGUCUUGUUUAACCCAGACUCCAAAGGGCUGUCGAAUCCUGGAGAGGUGGAGGCACUGCGUGAGAAAGUGUACGCAUCACUAGAGGCCUACUGCAAACAGAAAUACCCCGAGCAGCCUGGCAGGUUUGCCAAACUGUUACUGCGCCUGCCGGCCUUGCGCUCCAUCGGGCUGAAAUGUCUGGAGCACCUCUUCUUCUUCAAGCUAAUAGGAGACACGCCCAUCGACACCUUUCUCAUGGAGAUGCUGGAGGCGCCACACCAAAUUAGCUAAACAAGAGCAAACAACGUGGCCGUCCCUCCACGAGAGAGGGAGAGAGAGAGACUGAAGUAUGGCCCGAUACAAAGUUGGCCCUCCCUCUUCGUUGUAAUGUCUUUUGCCUCGUCAGUUUCUUUUGUGUGUAUAAGGAGUCCAUUUCAUAGCGUAUGAAUCUGUAUAUAUAUAACAGAUUCAUACACUAGAGAGAGAGAGUGAGGAAGCAGAGAAAUAUGGACAGAAAAAGAGGGUCGUAUUCUGAAAGAAAUUGAAAACGAAACCUAUAUAGAUAGGCCGUGUUAGCCAGUCUUUAAUUGCGGUAAGAUACAGUAUUGAAGGUAUACAACAGCUUUUUGAAAAAGCUGUUUUCUGCCUCUGCAAUGAAUCUCUUCUUAUGACAAACCCCUUUUUGUACUUGGCACUUCACUUGCUCCCUGCAUUCUGGUUAAUAGUCACAUUUGGAUCCCUCGUUUUAUUGCAGGUUUCUGCAGUAGGGCUUUCCUUGGGUAAUGAAGGUGGCAGGCACUUCGUGCCCCACAUGGGUAAAAUCAAGUGCACCAAGCCAACAGACACUUGAUAUUACGCACCAGCUGGUAGCUAUUAUACAGAAACAAUUUUCAGAAAUUAAUAUUGAUUGCAAUGCUAGUCUGAAUGAAUCGGGCAGGGCGGAGGCGGGGUUAUUUUUACCCAUU